GCUUUCUUCUACAUACACAAGCUAAUUAAGGUAACAAACAUGGCGAGAUCUUCUGCUUGGCUUUCGCUCUCCCUCAGCUUUCUCGUGCUCUUCAAUGGCUGCUUUGGCCGGCAGAGCUUCCAGCAGGAGAGCCAGAACAACGAGUGCCAGCUCAGCCACAUCAAGGCCUUAAAUCCCGCCUUUGAUAUCCCGGCGGAGGGCGGCAAGACCGAGUUCUGGGACAUCUCCGACGAGCAGUUCAAGUGCGGCGGCGCCUCUGCCUUCCGCCACACCAUUGAGCCCCAAGGCCUCCUCUUGCCUUCCUACACCAACGCCCCCCUCGUCGCCUACGUCCUUGAAGGGUCAGGACAGUUUGGUAUCGUGUAUCCCGGCUGCGCAGAGACGUACCAGUCUUCUUCUCAGCAAUCUAAACAGUCGGAGAAACACCAGAAGAUUGAAAACUACAGACAAGGCGAUAUUCUUGUCUUCCUCGAGGGAACAGCUCACUGGGUCUACAACAGCGGCAAAGACCAAACUGUUCUGGUUGUUCUUCAGGAUACCUCAAACUAUGUUAAUCAGCUUGACGAUUAUCCUCUCAGGUUCUUCCUCGCCGGAGACACACCAAGCAGCCAUCCACCACAGCGUGAACAGGGACGCCGGCAACAAGGACAACGUGAGCAGGGACAGCAGCAGCACGGCGGGCAACAGGAGGAGACGGACUCCCCGUUUGGGUACAGCAACAACAUUCUGGCCGGCUUCGAUGCCCAGAUCAUCAAGGAUGCGCUCAACACGGACAUGGAAACAGCGAAGAAGAUCGUCGGAGAAGAUUCAACGGAGCAGAGAGGACACAUCAUACUGGUGAAGGAGCCCCUUCAGUUGAUCGCGCCUUCGAGAUCAGGAGAAAGACGACAAUCCGGCGGCCGACAUGGAGGAGGAUCAUCCAACGCUCUCGAGGAAACCCUCUGCACCGCCAGAGUGCUACAGAACAUCGAGAGCUCUGAAAAUGCUGACAUCUACGAUGAUCAGGCCGGCCACUUCACCACCCUCAACAGUUUCACCCUCCCAAUUUUCAGCCUCGUCCGCCUCAGCGCCGCCCGCGGGGUCCUCAACACGAACUGGGGAAUUGUACCAAGAUGGAGCAUGAACGCGCACAGCUUCGUGUACGUGACAAAGGGCAGCGCAAAAGUCCAGAUCGUGAACCAACAAGGAAAACUUGUCCUAGACCAGAAUGUCAAAGAAAAGCAACUGUUCCUCGUACCCCAGAACUUCGCCGUCGUGAAACAAGCCGGAGAUGAAGGGUUCGAGUGGGUGGAAUUCAACACCAAUGAAAACGCCAUGUACAACACCUUCAGCGGCCGCACCUCCACUCUCGCCGGACUGCCGGCGGGCAUUAUCGCCGCUUCUUACGAGCUAUCAAACUCCGAGGCUGAAAAGCUAAAGCUCAACAUGGUUAACACCUGGUUUUACCAGGCUUCUAAUAAGGGAUCUCGUUUCAUGUAAUGUAAGAAGGAAGCUAAGCUAGAAAUAAGAUCAAGUAUGGGAUCGGAGAUCGGAGAUCGGAGAGCUUAGUUGAAUUUGCAUGUUUCGGCCAUUAUGGAAUUAAGAAGAAUAAGACAGGAAAGUGGAUGCUCCUAAUAAUUAUGUUGAAAAAUGAUAUAAAUAAAAUUGGGAGAUAUUAUAAA